CGCCUGGUCGUCGCCGCGGCCGCGCUGCUCAUCGCGCAGCAGCUGCGCGCAGCCGCGGGCGCGGCGGCGUGGGACGCAGGCGGCCGCGCCGCCGCGCGGCGGCGGCUCAUGGUGGUGCUGUCGGAUUCAAACAUGAAGCUGGGUGAUCUGGUGACCGAGAUCACGACGCUCUGCAACGAGGGCGGCGAUCUGGCGGCCCCCGUCGCUGACGAGGACCGCGUGAGGGGCAUGUUCACGUCGAUCGUGGACCCGUCCGGCGCGGCGUUCAAGUCCGUGCGUGCCGCGGUCUGCUCCGCGCUGCUCGCGCACGCGCUGUACGGCCGCGCGGCGCUCGCGCCGGCGGGUGCGACGGGGCGCGCCGUCGGCGCGGCGCUGGCCCGCGCGGGGGCGGGGGCGCUUUUUGAUGACGUGGCGGCGUUGGGGGAGCGGGUGGCUGCGGUGGCUGGUGUAGUGGAGGCUGUGUGGGGGGACGCGCUCGAGGUGCUGCUGGCCGGCCACUGA